GACGCAGCCCCGGCCCGAGUCACUGGCCGUCUGACAGCCAGGCCACUCACCCGACGUGGGUCUGAGCGCAGCCCCCAGGCCGGGGUGCAGGGUCCCCGCAGCCGCGGCCAGGACGCCCCUCUGCCUGCUGUGCACCUCAGCGUCCUGCCAGCCUCACCAUGAAGCGGGCUCUGGCUCUGAUGGGCCUGGCCUUCCUGUGUGUGCUCCGGGCUGGGGCCUCUCAGCAGACGGUGGACGACGCCUGCUCCGUGCAGAUCCUCGUUCCCGGCCUCAAAGGGGACGCUGGUGAGAAGGGGGACAAAGGCGCCCCAGGACGGCCCGGAAGAGUCGGCCCCACGGGAGAGAAAGGCGAUGUGGGCGAUAAAGGACAGAAAGGCGGCGUGGGGCGCCACGGGAAGAUCGGCCCCAUCGGCUCCAAAGGUGAAAAAGGAGAUUCUGGUGACAUAGGACCCCCUGGCCCUAAUGGAGAACCAGGCAUCCCGUGCGAGUGCAGCCAGCUGAGGAAGGCCAUCGGGGAGAUGGACAACCAGGUCACUCAGCUCACGGCCGAGCUGAAGUUCAUAAAGAACGCCGUUGCCGGGGUGCGGGAGACGGAGCAGAAGAUGUACCUGCUGGUGAAGGAGGAGAAGCGCUACGUGGACGCGCAGCUGGCCUGCCAGGGCCGGGGAGGCACGCUGAGCAUGCCCAAGGACGAGGCCGCCAACGCGCUGCUGGCCGCCUACAUCACGCAGGCUGGCCUGGCUCGCGUCUUCAUAGGCAUCAACGACCUGGAGAGGGAGGGUGCGUUCGUCUACGCGGACCGCUCGCCCAUGCAGACCUUCAGCAAGUGGCGCAGCGGGGAACCCAACAAUGCCUACGAUGAGGAGGACUGCGUGGAGCUGGUGGCCUCAGGGGGCUGGAACGAUGUGGCCUGCCACCUCACCAUGCACUUCCUCUGCGAGUUCGACAAGGAGCACGUGUAGGUGGGCCCCCCGCAUCUCCAGGGUCUGAAAGGAAAAACAGUGUUUCUGGGUAUUAUUCCUGAAGAACCUAACGUUUUACAACUUGUAGCCAGAAUGUUUGUUACGUAAUUACUCAGAAUUGCUCUUGGCUUUGUCCAAAGUAUAAAAUGACGUCUUUAAAUAUUACAACAGUUAAGUACGAACAAUGGUAGUGAGGUCUUAAAGGACUAUGUAUGGAAAAGCAUCCUCUUAACUUUAUCAUGCAUCUGUAAAUUAUAUUAAAAUAUAAGUUCCUUUUCUUUAUUAAUCAAGUAGAGACAAUUUUGCUUUGCUGCAAACCCAGAUUUCAAGAACAAGAAAAAUAAAGGCUCUA